AUGAAUACUUCAACCCCUUCUAGACCAAAGAAAACCAAGGAUAAGAAAAUCUUCAGCUGUCAUGCGUGCCGACGGCGCAAGCUCAAAUGCGAUCGAUUCGAUCCAUGCGGAGCAUGCCAGUCACGCGGUGAGGGAGCUCGAUGUACGUGGGAAGAAGGGCAGAGACCGGAGCGGCACCAUUGUGAAAGUCUUGAAACCCUUCUUGGAAUGAUUGUAAAUUUGAGCAAAGAAGUCCAGGAGCUCAAGCUCCUUAACUCGAAUAUGAUGGAGAACUUUGCUGGCAGGAGCACAGAGAUCAUGCAUGUGGUAGAUCCCGCCUCAAUGACGCCCGAACCACGAUCCUAUUCAUAUGGUGAUCUCUCCUUUGAUCCCAAUAGCCAUCAAGGGUCCCAGUUAUUAGAUCCGCAUCAAUGGACCUCAUUUGAGUUGACGGCUUUGCUCCCUGCGAGCCCACUCCUCUGGGGCUUAGUUUCACAUUAUGUUCGUCCUUCCCAGUUUGUUCUGAAAAGAAUCUCAUCUUUCGCGUCACUCACAGGUUUUAUCGAUGUUCAUCAACUAAUCGCUGAUGUUGAAGAAGUGGAGAAAAGUCGUCAAGCAUUUGAUAUGAGCCAAACCUGUGAGGCCUUUCGAAUAAAAAUAUCCCGUAUCCUAGCAUGCGCCAGCCUCGCCGCUGUGGACCUGGAUGUAGCGAAGAUAAAACAGUUAGGAAUUGAGAACAACGGAGUUGAUGCUUUGAUUCGUGACUUGUCGCGAAAAGCACGAAUGCUCAUUGUGCCAGCUGAUGCAGACACAAUUCCCACUACAUCAUCAUUAGUUACAACACCAUCACCAAUUUCCAACAUUUACAACACUCUUGACCUGAAUUCAAACAAUAUGUCUUCCUCACAAACACCUUCAACCCAGCUUGAAAUUGUUUCCAUCAAGAUUCUCCUUCUUCUGACAGCGCGAUGUUUUGCUGCUCCCUCUGAAUAUCUCAAAAUUCAUCUUGAUGCUAUCUCGUCAGCAAUAGACGUGUCCUUGGAUUCAGCCAACAGUCCUGACAUUUCACCUGCAGAAAGCGAACUGCGCUGGCAGUUAUGGUCCACACUCUGUAUCAUGGAUUGGUCAUCCUCAGGCAUAUAUCACCACGGUAGCUACUUCAUACGUCCCGAAAUGCUUCCAGUUCUAUCAUCACCAGCACCAGUGGCCGAUGAUAGCAAUGAUACGGACCUAGAACGUCGCCAACAGACGCGCCAUUAUCUUGAGUACUCACUCGGACUAGCACAUCUGGCACGACGCGCAGAGGAUUGUAUUCUACGAACAGGGCCCGUAUCACCAUCUCAGGCGGCGGCUCUCUGCGCCGAGCUGGAUACCUUUAACCACAACCUAAGGUUCUACGAGCUACUCGGAAGCACAAGUCCUCCUCCCGAAAGGGUAAAUAGCCCUUCAUCCAACGAAGGAGUAUGGCUGGCUAGAGAAAGCAUCAAACACUCAGCUCGUCACGCCACAAAUGUCCAGAAGAUGCAACUUAGCCUCGACCUCGAGCUAAUACGAUUCAAAAUACUACGCCACGAGACGUUUUACCUGCUGCAUGAGCCCUCAACUGCAGCUCCAUUACGAACUAUGUGUCUGGAUGCCUGUAUGGACGCAUGCAUUCUUGUUCUGGCUCUGUGUCGCCGCCUCAGAAGCGGGGCGGAUAUCAUAGAUCGUAUGCCUGAUGCCUUCGAGGGUGACAAUCAACCCAGUACGGGAAGUUUGCGUCGUACUUUACAACCCGCAUCUGUGGCCGCAUUGGUUGGGCAGGUGUUGCUGCAUGAAUUCCGAUCCGUCAAUGGAAUAUUUACAAGGCCCGAUCAGCCCGUAGGUCGUGGCCAGAAUUCCUUCGCUUUUUCGAGUGGCUUCAAGAACAGCUGGGCAGGUUCCGCUAGUGUAAGUGAACAGAAGGUUAGCGCCUUGCAGUGGCAUGUCAAUACUGUCUUAUCAUUGUUGGAAACAAUGCAUGAGACUUCUUUAUUGGCAAGGUAUAAGUUAGGAUUACAUGUGCAAGGUAUGUGA